GGAGGAGGAGGCUGAUGGGAUAUGAGGAGGUCCCUGCAUGGGGGCAGUCUGCUGAGCAUCACCUCCCCCCUGUCCUACUGCCAUCACACAGGGCUGGAGGUGUGGGUUCGAGCAGCAGCACCUCCAGCGCGGUGUCCCCGCACAGCUUAACACACACUCAUUGAACACACACACGCACGCACACGCGCGCACACACACACACGCACACACACUGAGCCCGGAGGUGAGUUCUCUCCCAGGACGAAAAGGAGGAAUCCAUCCAGUGACACGAAGAUGGACCAGGGGAGAUGAGAGCACCGCGGGCUGUGUGAGCGCAGGUCGGACUGAGCGGACCGCAGAGAGACCCACCAUGGAGAGAAGUCCGCGCGAACCGUGAAGCGCCGGGAGCGCACGGAGGAAUGGUGGUAAGCCGAAGGCUAGGGAUUUGAGUGACGGGAACCGAACUUUGUUUCCGAGACAGGUGACUUUUCGGCCGCUUCGUACGACUUCAGCCUCCGCUCUGCCGCUCAAAGCCACCGUGUUGUCGUGUUGUUGCCAUGGCAGCAUACAGCCAGACACAGUACAGUCCAGCCAUUCAGUCUACUGGACCAUAUGGGCCCUACACACACCACCCGCAGGGCUACGGGGUGCCCUCCUACAACAUUAAGACAGAGGAUGGCCUGAGCCACUCCCCAGGACAGAAUGGCCUCCUAGGAUACCCCUCCAACUUCAGCACCGCUCCUCCUGGUCAGAGCCUGUACAGCUAUUCCACACACGGUAGCAGCAUUUCAUCAGGUAUUUUCCAAGGAACCAAUGGCAUCGCUACUUCUGCGCCGUUCAACCAUUCUCAGCAGGAUUUCUCUGCGUACUCCGCCUACAGCCAAUCGCAGUACUCUCCGUACUACAGCUCCCACUACAAUGCCCCCUACCUCGCAGCCAGUAAUGUCAGCCCAUCUGCCAUGGCGGCCACCAUACCCUAUCAGCACGCAGAGCACCUCCCGGUCGUCACCAAUCAUAGUCCGGAGUCGCUUCCGGGAGAUCAUCACCCGUCCCCGAGCCCCCCAACUCCCAGCAAGGAGCAAGACGGGGUGCGAGCGCGGAGGGGAUCCGACGGGAAGCUGCGCGGAAGGAAGAGGGCGAGCGACCCAGCGCCGCCCCUGGACUCUGACAUCGAGCGUGUGUUCGUGUGGGAUCUGGAUGAGACCAUCAUCAUCUUUCACUCCCUGCUGACGGGAACCUUCGCCACAAGGUUCGGCAAGGACUCGGCAAAAUCUGUAUCCUUGGGUCUGUGGAUGGAGGAGAUGAUUUUCAACCUGGCCGAUUCACGCCUCUUCUUCAACGAUCUGGAGGAAUGCGACCAAGUUCACAUCGAUGACGUGGCUUCGGAUGACAAUGGACAGGACCUGAGCACCUAUAACUUUGGAGCGGAUGGGUUCCAGACCGCAGCAGGGAGUGCGGCCCUCUGCCUUGGGUCCGGCGUCCACGGGGGGGUAGACUGGAUGAGGAAACUGGCCUUCCGAUACCGCCGGGUCAAGGAGAUCUACAACACAUACAAAAACAAUGUGGGAGGCUUGCUGGGCAGCCCCAAGCGGGAGGAGUGGCUUCAGUUGCGUCGAGAGCUGGAGGUCCACACAGACCUGUGGCUCACACAGGCUCUUAAAGCUCUGGCACUCAUCAGCUCACGGCCAAACUGCGUGAACGUGCUAGUGACCACAACCCAGCUCAUUCCUGCCCUGUCGAAGGUCCUGCUGUACGGCCUGGGUGCGGCUUUCCCCGUUGAGAACAUCUACAGUGCUACGAAGACGGGAAAGGAGAGCUGCUUCGAGCGUGUGACGCAGCGGUUUGGUCGCCGGGCUGUGUACGUGGUGGUGGGAGAUGGCGUUGAAGAGGAGGCUGUCUCCAAAAAGAAGAACAUGCCGUUCUGGAGGGUGUCCUGCAGGGCUGAUCUAGAGGCCCUAAGUCACGCACUGGAGCUGGACUACCUCUAGGGUCCAUCCACACGUCACCUGCCGCUCAGACUCCUUACCACCUUCCAGCGGACCGCUGAGCCCACAUCGACCGUCAAAUUCGAGAAAUUUUACACAGAAGGACCAACAUGCCUAUCACAACUGGGUGGCAAGAUUUCGGGACAUCCUGCCAAGUUCUGACGCAGCCGACGUUUUGCGGACUGAGACUCGGCGACUGGAGGAGCGUCUCAACGUCGGACUGCUGCAAGUUGCACUGAAACGGGACUCAAAGGAUUUAUGCCUUUUUUUUUUUAACUUUAUACUUUUGCGCGAAAUAGUCAUUGAUGCCAAACCAUUCCUUCUUGUACCACCAGGUGACUUCCGAAAAAGGCCUCGAUUCUCAGUGAGACAAAGUAGGUCGUUGAGUUUGCGCUUGACCGACCCGGCCAAGAUGAGUAAGUUAGAGGUCCGUAGCUGCGGCGGAAUCCGAUACGAUGUGCACCGAAACUCGUCCGAUGACUCUGGAUCGCUUAUGCUCGGCCCGGAUCUGGUAUAAGAGCUUCACGCGAUACUAGGGUUUAAGAGGUGACGGAGAAUCGUCAGGGGAGCAUCACUCUAAGGCGUUCAUUUUUUAAGACUUGAAAGAACACCCUCGGUACAUUAUGAGCGAACAAUUCAAAGUGCGGUUUCACAGGUCGUCUUGAGCCACCGUUAGAGCCAAUGGGCCUUCAGGUCGAAACUCACGGCAAGACGGGUCUAGUUACUCGACACUGUCAUCGUCUUUAAGUCGAAAUGGUCGUGGUAGACGAUGGGAAUGUGAUUCGAGGGGCAGCGCUGUGACGUCAUCAGCGAGACACCUGUGCAAAGGGGGACUUUGGCUGACUGCAAGUGAAGGAAAGGGACAGAAUGAGGACAGCAGAAGACCCCUGCACAUCAGCUGGACAGCCGAUGGAGCGUUUGCUCAUCUUCCCGACCUUGCGAGAGGAGACAAAAAGGGCGUCGUAGGAAAAGGCAGGUGGACAGAACUGAGCCAACAGUUCAGGCGCUAUGAUCUUCCUACACAUCCUACAGUCCUGUCCUCUACAUCAUCUCUUUUGUUCGUUCAGUCUGCGCCCAUGGCUUCUGGGCUGCGACGAAGGGUGCCGAGUCCCAUAGCGACAGGAUGUAGUUGCAAGUCGCGAGAAGAGCAAGAGAAAAGAAAAGUACUACUAACGAUACUAAUUAAUUCCACCUUAACUCACAGCAUUUUGUACACCUGGGCACAUCGAGAGUCUUGUAUUUAAUUUAAAAAACACACCCUUUCCACAGCACUAGGCAUAUUUGUGUAGUUUCCUCUGUACAAAGUGGGCGCCAGUUCAGUGUCGAUGGCUGUAUAUUUGUUUCUCGUAUGUUAUUCUGUUCCGUUUUCUUCACUAAGUGUUUAUAUAUAACAUGUAUGUAAUAAAUGGUAUAGGUUAUUUCUGGAGUUUGCAUGUAUUUGCUACAUUUGUCACUAGCUCUGAUUUGUAUAUAAGGUCUUUUGUUGUUUCUUUUGUUUCUAUGGUCCAUUAUAAUAGAAUAAUAAAAUAAUAUAAUUCAAA